AUGAAUCUGUUCUGUGGACUGAAUAGAAAUCAGGCUAAAAUGGGAAACAAGAACACCACCUUCCUCUCCCCCACAACCGAUGCAGAAUCUCCUUUGGUUCUAAGGUCCAUCAGAGACGAAAAGCCACUCCAUUAUACCUUAAAAAUCAAAUCUUUUUCUUUGCUGAAGAAAGCAUUGGCUUCCUCCAAGCGUGACAGAUUUGUAUCCCAAAUCUUCCAUGCCAGCGGAUAUAAAUGGAAAUUAGCUCUGUAUCCCAAUGGAGACAAGAACAGAAAUGGGUCAGGUUACAUCUCCCUCUAUUUGGUAACAGCUGAGGAUGAAAUUGUAUCAGCCACUUCAGAGGUCAAUGUUGUGCUUACAUUUCUUGUCUAUGACAGUCUUAGAGACAAAUAUUUGGCAAUCCAAGAUGGGAAAGUAAAACGUUUUCAUAGAAUGAAAACAGAGUGGGGGUUCGAGAAGUUGAUUUCAUUUGACAUUUUUAAUAACCCUUCAAAUGGGUUCUUGGUUGGUGGGUAUGCUGCAUUUGGAGUUGACAUUUUUGUCAUCAAAUCUGAUGAUGGUGGCAAGGGGGAGAUCCUUUCCUUGAUCAACCCACCAGAACAUUACAAAUUUACCUGGAAAAUCAACCAUUUUUCAACACAAUCUAAAACAUUGUCCUCUGAUGUUUUUUCAGUCGAGGGCUACCACUGGAGAGUAGAACUGCAUCCCAAUGGAUGCCCCACGGCAAUGAGUAACUAUUUGUCAUUGUUUCUGAUCUUUGACGAUUUGAGAGAGCUCCCUGAUGAUUCUCAAGUGUAUGUUGAAUAUGAGAUGGCUGUGCUGAGUCAAGUUGGAGAUAAGCAUUGGUUUGAAUAUGGUGGUGGAGAUGGUUGGGGUUGUGCAGAAUUCAUGUCAUUGAUGGAUCUUAAAGACACAUUAAGCGGAUAUAUUCUUAAUGACAUUUUAAGGUCCAUUAGAGAUGAAAAACCUCUCCAUUAUACCUUACAAAUCCAACCUUUUUCCUUGCUGAAGACUGCACUUGCUACUUGCAGUCGUGAAAGAUAUGAAUCCCCCAUCUUCAAUGUCGGCGGUUUUAAAUGGAAAUUAGCUCUGUAUCCCAAUGGAGACAAGAACAGAAAUGGAUCAGGUUACAUCUCCCUCUAUUUGGUAACAGCUGAGGAUGAAAUUGUAUCAGCCACUUCAGAGGUCAAUGUUGUGCUUACAUUUCUUGUUUAUGAUAAUCUCCGAGACAACUAUUUGGCAGUCCUAGAUGGGAAAGUAAGACGUUUUCAUGCAAUGAAGACAGAGUGGGGGUUUGGAAAGCUGGUUUCACUUGAGACUUUCAAUGAUUCUUCAAAUGGUUUCUUAGUUGAUGAUUGUUGUGCCUUUGGAGUUGACAUUUUCGUAAUGAAAUUGGAGAGCUACCGUUGGAAGAUAAGGCUACAUCCUAAAGGAUGCUCCCAGGAAAGUGCUGGGUUUUUGUCAUUGUACCUGAUAUUUGAUAGUUUCAAAGAGCUUCUUCCUCAAGGUUGUCGAGUGUAUGCUGAAUUUGAGAUAGCUGUGCUGAGUAAAUAUGGAGUUGGACACAAAAAAUUAGAAAGUAAGUGUUGGUUCGAGUUUGGUGGUAUAGAGACCGGUUUGGGUUUUCCGGAAUUCAUGCCAUUGAGAGAUCUCAAAGAAGUGAAGAAGGGCUAUAUUUGUGAUGACACUUUGAUUGUUAAAGUGAAGAUCAAUGUUGUGUCUAUUUUGAAGAAGCUUUUCUAG